GGGGGGUCGGCAGGGGGACUCUGACAGUUGUAAUGGAUUUUAUCAGAAUUUCUCCAAAGGCUGACUAUUUUGUCUUCAAUUAUUAAUGGUUUUCAGAGGGGUUUCUCUUCCACCCCCUUUUUGUGAGGUUGCACUGUGUUCACUGCAUACAUCCAUGCUGGUGUGCGCAAGAUUGUGAACUAACAGCACCAUGUCUUUGAUCAGAAGUAAUGUCCAUUGAAUUAACUCAGUCCGGCUUUAAAAAAAAAGAACCAUCAGAAGGGUGAGCAACAGCUUGAUGUUAUCCAUCCACAGUUGGUAUCGGGACAGCAAAUGGAGCAGGCAUGUGGCCCACCUGGUCACAUUUUUCUCACUAGGAUUAUGGUGGAAGAGCAUUGUAUAUGUGCAAAAAACAUUCCCAUAUAUAAAAGAGGGACACCUUUUGGAUUAUGGAUUUAUGUGUCACUAACUUUGACUAAAAGCACACUGGUACACUGAAAUCUUUUUCUGGCUGGCAGAACAAUCAGUUAUGCAUCAUCUCUUUGGGCUUGUUUUGGGACAAAAGGACCUUUCGCGUGCAGGAGACCUUUUCUCCUUAGAUGAUUCUGAAAUAGAAGGAUGUCUGUCAGAGGCUCUUGAACAGAUAAAAAUCAUUAGUUCAUCUCCAGACUACCAAACUAAUGACAAUGACCAGGCGGUUGUGGAGAUCUGUAUAACACGAAUUACCACAGCCAUCAGAGAGACAGAGUCUAUAGAGAAACAUGGGAAAGCUCUUAUUGCUCUUUGGGAGUCAUGUUUAGAGUACAAUCUGAAACCUUCAGGAAAAGAUGAGGACACGCCCCAUGCAAAAAUUGCAUCUGAUAUUAUGAGCUGCAUUUUGCAGAAUUACAAUCGUCCUCCCAUCAUGAUGUUGGCUGUACCAGUGGCAGUGAAAUUUCUCCAGAGGAGUAACAAAGAACUGUGUAGGAACAUGUCCAGUUAUCUUUCCCUUGCUGCAAUAAGUAAAGUGGAGCUCUUGGCUGAGCAUACAGAAACAAUAGUAAAAAGUGUCUUGCAAGGGAAUUUCAUGUUGCUACGUGUGUUACCCUCUUUAUAUGAAAAACAGUCUGAGACCAUUAACAGCCACCUAAAGGAACUUGUAGCAUUGAUGGCAUAUCUGGAACAACCUGAACAGCACCACCUUUUACGACUUUUGCUAACAGUUGCAAAGAAAAAACAGCCAGAGGUACUUAAAGACUGUAUUCCUUCUCUAAUUACUCACCUGAGGGAUCCCCAUUACAAUGAUAUUAUCCUAAAUAUACUGAUAGAAAUAUCAGAGUAUGAACCAGAAGUAUUGAUUGAUUUGCUUCCUGUAUUGAAAGAGAUUGGAGAGAGUUUCCCAGGUUUGAUUGGACAAACAGCAAAAAUCUAUGGAGCUGUUGGACAUGUAGAUGAGGAAAGAGCCCGAAUCUGUCUAAUCUACUUGGUUAAUCAGCUGGCCAACAUGGAACAUUCAUUCCACCAUAUCCUUUUGUUGGAGAUCAAGCACAUUACAGAUACCUUCUCCAAUAUCCUGGGCAUUCAGAGCAGAGACAUUUAUCGUAUGAGUAACAGUUUCACUGCCAUAGCAAAGCUUCUCAUACGCCAGCUGGAAAAUGAAACAACUUCUGAGAGCAGGGUAGAAGAUGUUGUUGAAAUAGAACCUCCUUCACAGGUGGACGAUUUAAAAUCAGUUAUCAGUGGGAAUGAAGAGGAUGAAAAGCUCCAAGUUAAAAUACAAGCUUUUGAAGAGAAAAUAAACAUUGAGAGCAAUACUCCUGGCUCUGUACGCAGAUAUAGUUUGGGCCAGGUUUCUAAAGAAGAAAGAAAGGACAUGAGGUUUAACAGGUCCAAAAGUCUAGCUUUGCAUGCUGUUCGUAUGAAGGGUGUUCAUUCGGACAACGGACAAGAAAUGGAAAAUGGAGAUGUUACAGCCGGCAUCUCUUUCACAGAUAUCUAUAUGAGCCAAGAAGCCGACAAAUUGCCUUCCAGCACAGGCACUGAAGAGUCACAGCUGGAACAAUCCUUGCUUUCACACCCAAGUAUCAAAUGUAUAGAACCAGAGAACCUGCCAGAACCUGUUAAAGAAAAUGGCCAUGAAGGGAGCCCAAAGACAAUGAAGAAUCCAGUGGAAUAUCAAGAUAAGCUUUACUUUCACUUAAAGGAAAAUCUGUCUAAAGUGAAAGCAUAUGUGAUGGAGAUGGGGAAGAAAAUUCCUCUCCCAGAUGAGUGUGUUAUAGAAGAUACCGUUAAAAGUUGUGUUGCAAAGCUGUUCUUCAGUUGUCCCUUGAAAGGCCAUUACUGCCUGUACAGUAAAUCCAGUUUUACUCUCAUCAGCCGACAGCCUCAACUUUGGAUCCAUAUCAUGUUUCUCUUUCAGCAGAGCUUGUUUCCAGAACCUUUAUCCAUGCAAAGUAAUUCUGUGCAAGCUCUGAAAACUUUGUGGGGAAAAACCCAGCUGAAGGGAACACACAGUUUUGAAACGGCAAUGGUUCAAUCUACAUUUCCACAUCAAAAGGACCUGGACCAUGUACAGAUACAUCUGGAAGAAGUGAGGUUCUUUGAUUUAUUUGGUUACAGUGAGGAAGUGGGGGCCUGGCAAUGUUUCAUGUGCAAUAAUCCUGAAAAGGCAACAGUUGUGAAUCAAGAUGGCCAACCCUUGAUUGAAGGCAAGUUGAAGGAAAAGCAAGUCCGAUGGAAGUUCAUCAAAAGGUGGAAGACACGGUAUUUCACUCUCGCUGGCAACCAACUUCUCUUUCGCAAAGGAAAGUCUAAGGAUGACCCAGAUGACUGUCCCAUUGAGCUCAGCAAGGUCCAGAGUGUGAAAGUGGUGGCCAAGAAGCGCAGAGAUCGCAGCCUUCCUCGGGCCUUUGAAAUCUUCACAGACAGCAAAACCUAUGUUUUCAAGGCCAAAGAUGAAAAGAAUGCUGAGGAGUGGCUCCAGUGCAUUAAUGUAGCAGUUGCACAAGCAAAGGAAAGAGAAAGCAGGGAGGCAACCACAUAUCUGAAGUUCAGUGUAUACAUCAAAGCUGCAAUCUAGCUCUGGAAGUGCCUGUUCAGGACAUGCCUAUACUUUGCAAUUAUGGCCAGUGGUAGAAUGGUAAAUCUUGAAGCACGAGCACUCCUCACAGUCUGAAGAGCCACAUUCCCAAGGAGAGUCCAAAAACUGGAAGCAGAUGUGGUGAUCCACACAACAAACUAGGUAUAACAAUUUUUACCUCUACCAGCACCAGGAUGAUUAUAAAGGUGGUUGUUGUGUGCCUUCAAGUAAUUUCUGACUUAUGUUGAGCCUAAGUGUAGUAAUGGAUCUCUCUGGGGGAAUUUUUAAUCAGAUCAAUUAAUUAAUGGGUUGAUCUACAAGCAACACUUUUGGAAUCGUUGCCCACUUGUAUACUGAGAGAAAAGAGAUCAAAGGAAUCUCACAGAGGCAGAAUUCUCUAUCUAUAGUGUUUCUUUUAUUAAAGGGGGAAAUCACACCACAAUCCACAUUCACUCACACAUAUAUACAAGGACUAAGGAAAUCAGGAAUUAGCUUUGGAAUAGUUGGAGGCUGAACUAACAGCGAUACUUACACAAGAUGAGGCUUGACUCCGGGUCCAAUUGUAAUGGGGGUGGCAUGGGAUACGGCCGUUCUGGUGAGCGGAGGGGAAGAGGAUUAUCGGGACCGGUCAAAGUUCACAGUGACAGAGUGUCCCCAUGCCUUCCAACUAGCCCACUAACAAAGGAUUUUGGAGAUCUUUUAUAGGCCAAAACUAGCCUGAAGGCAAAGGAAAUCAAAUCUACAUUGUAAAGGAUCGCUUGGUCUGGCAAUAUCCGGGAUGAGAAUGAGGUUGUAAAUCAGCCUUAUUGGGCUUGUCCAGCAGAACAUCCUGCCUAAAUCACCUAUCUUCCUGUACACACAGAGAGGUGUCAAAGUUUCUCAUUUGCAACUCCCAAACUCUUCUAUUUGAUGUGCUUAUGGGAUAGUGUGGACAUGACCACUCACCUCAGAGAUCAUGGAUGCCCACAGUGCAGAAUCCAUCUGGCACCAUAGGGAGAAUGUGAACACACCAAAAUUCAGAAGAUUUCAGUGCUGGUAACAUAAGGCAACUGUAUCAUGGAGUUUUCUUGGCAAGAUUGGUUCAAGGAGCUUUUGUCCUCCUGUGAGGCUGAGAGAAUGUGGCCCAAGGUCACCCAAUGGGUUUCCAUGUCUGAGUGGUCUCCAGAAUCAUAGUCCAACAUAGUCCAAACCAUAACAUAUGCUGAUUCUAUUGUGAAGGUAGUGGGGAUUAAUUUCUUCAUUCAAUAUCAAAAAUGCUUAGCAUUGCAACAGGAACAGCUGAGGAAAUCCUCUACACAUACCCACCUAUUAUGAUGACUACAGCUAAGCUUAGAGUGAACAAGGGAGCCUAAGAUUAUGUUCUCGUCCCUGGUCACUGAAAACUCUUAGCACUUAGAUUGUACAAGCUGCAAUUCCACUGUACCACUAGCUUUGUCUGGCCUUGCAGAUGGUCAUUCAUUUUAUAAACCUAAGCUUUUGCUAGACUGCAUGAACCAAUGCAGAAAUAUUAUUUCUGGAUUUAAUUCAUCUGGCACUUUGAUAGGAAAGUAUAUUGAUAACACUACAUAGAAAACAUUGAAAAUACAAGUGUAGCACACAGAUGGCUUUAUCUUUCUGUUGGAGAAAGAACAACAGAGUCCAGCAAAGAUCUUAUCCCAAAUUCAUUACUGUGAUGUGGUCUGGGGCUAAAAAGUCAGGCUCUUUGCUGCAAAGCAUGUCCAAAUUGCCAGAAUUUUAGUAACAUAAAGAUUUCUUUAUUUCAGUCAAUGUUGGUUUCAUGCCGGAUCAUUUUUGUGCCUGUACACUAGAUGUUAUACUCCCUGUAUUAUUACUGUUUUAAGCCAUUGCAUUUUCAACUCCUUUAUAUUUACAUUUUAACCUUUUAGUCCCUGUUCCCCACUAGAACAGAGAUGGAAUAGAUGUUAAUGCAUUUGCUCAAAAUUGUCCCUUAAUAUCUUUGUCA